GGGAAAAAUAAAACAGUGUACCACUUCAUCCGAGAAUUGAUCCAAGAAGGGAAGUAUGCAUGGUUUGUUAAUCAGGAGGGUCGGUUCCGUAUCAAAUGGGAGGAUGCUGUAGAACUUUAUAUUCAGUACAGAGCGAAGAAGAACCCCAGGUAUGACUUAAACAUCGAUAGGAAAAAGGCCAGCAACAGCUUUAGAGAGGGUCUUCUUCGUCGCUAUUGUGAUGAUGCAGACGGCGCAAAAGAGUAUGAAGAAUGUCAAAAGGUCGGGGAAAAGAACAAAGUUGUUGAGAGGGAGUUCCAAAUUCCUUCCAAAGUGUUUCAUUCGCUUUUUGGGUCAAGUGUAGAACUUCCGGGUGAUCAGGUAAUUUGAAGUGGACUUUCAGUGAAUUAUCACGUUUUAUGUAUUUCAGGCAUUAUUUUAAGUUUAACACCUUGGUGUUAUCUAUAAUUUUAAUCCAUCUACACAUCCUCAUUAGCCCGCCUUCUCUUUUGGAAUUUUUGGUAACAGUUGUUCAGUCCCCUCUGAAUUAAUUGGUAUUUGUCUGCCUAUAAACAUUUCCAGACAGCAGCAAUUAAAAAUUGUUGGUAAGUAGUAUUUGUUUUGGAGUAAAUUCUCCUAAGAUUAUCUGUCUGUUGGGUACUGCCAGAAUGAAUUAUUUUUGUGGUCUCGCUGAGUACAGUUUGUAUUUACAUGAGAGUUUUUCGGUGUCCUCAGGUGUUGUGAAUGACAACUAUACAAGGUAUCCCUGGGGACAAUUGUGCUGUAGUUUUUGAUCACUGUCCUUUGGGUGUAUAAUGUUUAAUACACAAACCCCUCCAUGGAUGUAUCAAUUAUUUUAAUCCCCACCUACCCUCAGAAUUUGGUAAUUAUUAGUCCCCUUUCUUAUCAAAAUACUUUAACCUCUUCUGAUUUUAUUUGUUUGCCCAACAUUUCCAAUCAGCAUUAAUUUGCACUGUGAUCAUGAGACAAGCAGCACAUCUUCAGAGGUAUAUGAUACAAACCCCUGGAGAAGUAAAGUAUAUUUAGAGCAGGUGUAUGCUGCCUAGUUUUCUUAAAACUUGUGCUCUGUUUUGAUAUAAAGGAUAUCCCCUAAAAUGGAUACCUGUGUCUAAAAAUUACUGAAACUAUUAUUUACUUAAUAUGUUUUAGAAAGAUUUCUGCAAAGCCCUGCACUUCAUUGCAUACAGUUCUUGGAAAAUAAAAAAAUAGGGCAAACAAGAGUUUGUCUUUAGGACUUCAUGGCUUUGUUUUAGUAGUACAUAGAAAUGGCGCAAUGUUUGAUAUUGUUACAGCACAAGUUUGAACACUUUUACCUUAAAUUUAAUGUCUUUUUUUUCAAACACUGUCAAUUAAGGUUGACAAGAAACUACAAGUGUCUCCUGAUGUAGGUACCUCUCUUGACACAAGCGACACAGGUUUUGAGGAAGCUAUGGAUGUCUCUGAUGGUAAUAGUGACUUAAUAUUUUGGGCCUGUUUUGGGAAAUGAUUUGAUCAGGGCUUUAUCGUUUGAUCAUUCAUAUAACCCUUUACACUCUACCAUCAGUAUGCAUAUUCUCCAUACUGUUCUCUGUACACAUUUCCUAAGGAUGCUGACAAGGAGCAUUUUCUUAACAAUCAAGUGCAUUCUUAGUUUGAGAUCAUUUCAUCUGUUCUUGUGACCUUAUAAUGUUUUGAUUUGAUUCUGUGGUUAUAUUUUAAAGAGAAAUUUGAUACUUUUCACUCUUAUGGGUUAAAUAAUUUAAAAUAUUUAUUUAUCAAAUAGUGGGUCCUGUUUCUAAACUUGUAGAGUUUAGCCUCAAGAAAGCUAUUAGCAGCAACAUAUACUGUUGCCAGAUGUAUGUAACAAGUCAGGUGAUAUUGUACUAUUGCAGUUACAUAGUAUGACAUCAUGGUACUGUCAGUGUUUAUUUAUCAACUGAUUUUUCCUUUGACUUACUCAACAUGAAUGCAACUGGAACAGCAUCCGUGGGCAACAUCAAGGGAGAAGAUACUGUUGUUCCAUCAAAUAUGGAAACUCCAUUACAGGUAAAUAAAAAUUACAACAGCUUUAAUUGACAUGUUCAUGAAAUUACAGACAGUACUUUAUGAGAUUAUACACAUGGUUUAUUUGAACCAUUUAAAAUCCAAAAAUCCAGUUAUAGAUUCUCUGUACUUUGUUCCUAAUAUUUCCCAUAUUUUUAGCUCUGAGAAUUUGUUUUUCAAUCUAAAAGUAACCCCUAGUUGACAUUUUGGUUCUUCUCAUCGUCACAAUCAUGUUGAGAAUGUCUUGAUAGUCAUAGUGAAAGGCUAGAAAGUUGAUAACUUAUAAAUGCCUUGCCUUAACAGAUAUUUGGCCUUUCUACUAAAGAUUUCGACUCAGCACUGGAUGAAAACUCAGAUAAUGAUGUGGACCAAGCUGGAGGUAAAGUUUUAAAUUGGGUCCUAUAAUUUAAAUGCUUUAUUAUUUUGAAAAAUUAAAAAGUUGAUUUCUUUGAUUUGCUUCUUCAAACUUUCCUUCCAAUCUAUUGCAGUGGUUCAAAAUAUUUCCCCCUCAGCAGGCUUUGUGAAGGUAAUUUUAUUAUUUUAGAAAUUGUCAUGGUGAUCUGCAAAUUUAAUCAGGCAUAAGGAAAGCCUCUUGGGAGGGGAGGGAGGGCAAAGAAUGACUGUAAUGAUCAAAGCAAAGUCUGUGGUCAUUUGACAACCAAGUGUUUGUCAACUGCCAGCCUUUUGUUAUUAUAUUACUUUUCAAGACUAAUCAUGCACUGGGCAAUAAGUGACAAAGCAAUUUCACUGAAACCAGUACAAACCUGGUUUACAAAUUGGCGUGCUAUUAGACUUCACAUUUGGCUGAGUUGAAGAGAACUAUGACCCAAUUCAAUUCUUCUUCUUGUUUUACUUUUGAAUUGUAGCUUAAUGUAUUACUAAACUGAAACUUUAAUAUAAAGUGCAUUAUUUCAUCAAUAUAAGUUUCAUUUGUGAUUAUCUUUCUUAGUCUGAGAAAAGUGGGAUAUCAGUAAGUGAUCCAGAAUUGACGCAAGGUAAUUGUCACAGAAAAUCCAGCCCAAUUGGAUCAAGUGAUGAACUUCCGGGUGAUAAGGUAAUUUGAAGUGGACUUCCUUUGAAUUAUCAUGUUUUAAGUGUAUUUCAAACAUUAUUUUGAAGUUUAACACCAUGGUGUAAUAUCCAUAAUGUUAAUCCCCCGUACACAUAUAUUAGCCCGCCUUCUCUUUUGGAAUUUUUUGGUUAAAAUUGUUCAGUCCCCUGGUAAGUACUAAAACAAGGAAUGACCUUAAACCACCUACAACCAUCUACAACUACCUCAAAAAUUUCAACAACCACUUACAACCACCUCAAAAACAUCUACAGCCACUCGCAAACUAUCUAAAACCAUCUAAAACAAGGCAUAAAUGUCUAAAAUAAGGCGAAACGACAACAUGUAACGUACACGAAAUACAAGAGUCAAACAAAACCUCCACCUCCCCCUGAAAUCUUACUCUCCCUGGUCCCAUGUAUAAUCAACCAUCCUAAUUAUAUUUUUUAUUACCUCAGUAGUAAAAGACUUGAGAACUUUACAAAAUGAACUAACAUGUUACAAAAACUAAUAAAUUGGGAAUCAUACAUAGGCGAGUAUAGAUAUGUAUGAUCCUUGUACUUCAUAUAAGUGCCCCCCAAUUAGCUGAUAUAGCUUAAGUGCAUUGACACUUGAAUAAACUUUAUUAUUGUAUUAUAUUGUUCAAGACUAUAUGCAUAGAGCAGUGAGUGAGUGAGUGAGUGAUAAAGCAUUCACUGAAACAAGUACAAAUCUGGCUUCCAUGCAAAAUUUUGGCAUUAUAGAGUUUACAAUGGCUGAACUGAAGGGAACUGCCAAUAUGACCCAGCCAAUUCAAACCAUCUUCUUGUUUUACUUUUGAAUUGAAGUUUCAAGCCAAAACUUUAAAAUGAAGUGCAUUUUAUUAUUAAUAUAAAUUUAAUUUGUGAUUAUCUCUCUUAGUCUGAGACAAGUGGUAUAUCAGUCAGUGAUCCAGAAUUGACACAAGGUAAUUAA